AUGAAAGAUUGGAACCAUAGCCUGGGAGGUGUUUUUGAUGGAGCUCUGAGGCAAUACAUCGUCCUGCCUACGUCAGCUCUGGUCAAGGUUCCAUCGGACUCCCAGUUGAGCUACUCAGAACUGUCAGCCUUAGUGUGCACUGGUUCUACUGUGUGGAACUCACUGUACGGCAACACCGUGCUUAAGCCGGGCCAGACCGUUCUCUGCCUCGGAACUGGUGGCGUGUCAAUUACCGGACUGAUGCUGGCCAAAACCGCUGGGGCGACUACCAUCAUCACGUCUUCCUCUGACUCCAAGCUGGAAUACGUCCAAGAGACCUAUGGAGCCGACCAUGUCAUCAACUACAAGUCGAACCCUAACUGGUCUGAUGAGGUUCUCAAGAUCACCAAAGGCCAGGAAGCGGACUUCAUGCUCGGGAAUGGCGGUGCUGGAACGAUUGCCCAAAGUGUUAAUGCCGUUGCAUGCGGAGGAUCUAUCGCCGUGGUCGGCUUCCUCGCGUCUUGCCCCCAGGAUCACAUGCCGGACGUGGCUGCCCUGGCUUUGUCCAAGGGAGCUGUUGUUCGUGGCAUCAUGGUCGGAUCUAGACAGCACCUGGAGGAGGUCACACGAUACGUGGUGGCUCGCGGAUUGAAGGUUCCCGUAGAGAAGGAAUUCGGAUUCGGGCGGGAUGAGGUGGUUGCUGCCUUUGAGUAUCUCUCAACUGGAGCACAUGUUGGCAAGGUUUGUAUCAAGGUUCAGUGA